UACUGUGUGUAUACGUACUCGAAUGGUGAGAACACUUGGAGGCAUCUUGCGCAGGAUUCAACUGGAACACAACAUAUCUUCUUCGCAGUGUCAACAGAUUGAGGAAAACAGUCUCCUUUCAACGAUGAUGGUUUUCGUUCGCGUGUCGCGUGUGCGCCGCACUCGUCACAUUUCGCGUACGUUUUGAAAAAGAAAAUCACCUUCGGUUCGCUUUUUUCGCACGUUCGUCGAUUUACUAGUAGUUUUUUGUUAUGUGAUUUUUUCCCCCUAUAUUAUUUUGAUGUGAAAUAUUAGCCAGUUCGCGAGUAUUGUGUCAGUGUUACCGGAAUGAUUACGAAAUGUUUGCAUUAGAUACCAUCGUCGAAAACGAAGUACUACCUAUUCACUGCUCAUCAUAUGUAUCUCGAAGAACGAAAAAAAAUUAAUCACAUGGAAUAUUCGACCAGAAAUACCAUCAACAAUAUUUCGAACCGCGUGAUGAACUUGUGACACGCGAAUUACAUACGAGUAAAUUCGUCACAAUAACAAUAUGGAUUACAUUCGUGAAUUCGACAUAAGACUGGAUCGAGAAAUGUAUUAUGCCGGCGAAGUUGUAGCUGGGCACGUUUUUCUCGAAACUACAGAAAAUUUUAAAUUGAAAUGUAUACGAAUUGCAAUGAGAGGCAAAGCACAUGCUGAAUGGAAAGCUAUAAUUAGUGGAGAUCAAAGAAACAUUGAAGAUGAUCAAUAUUUCAUCGAUGAGCGAGAUAUUAUAUAUGGCAAAGAAAAAUACGAAAGUAGUGUUCCAAUAUUACCUCGCGGAAUCCAUCAGUACGCUUUUAAAUUCCAGUUGCCGGAAUCCUCGUUACCGUGUUCAUUUGAAAGUAAACCAGGUUACAUCAGGUAUUAUAUAAAAGUUACGUUAGAUGUACCAUAUGCGUCACCUCCUCAAGGCACCAAGUAUUUCACAAUUAUCGGACCACAUAUUGACUGCAUGGAUGAACAAUAUUUGAAACCAGUAUCCGGAUUGAAUAAAAAAACAACUUGUUGUCUGUGCUGUAAAAGAGGUCCGAUAGCUUUACGCUGCCAGUUACUCAGAUCUGCGUACGUUUGCGGUGAAUCAAUUAAAUUAAAAGCCACUAUCGAUAAUCAAGGCGAAGAAGAUGUUAGAUUAAAAGUUAGAUUAUUUCAGCAUGUCGAGUAUUUCAUAUUCAGAGGUGUUCUGGGAAUGUCGAAAGAUAUCAAUCAUUUAAUUUUGGAACUAACCGGCGACAUUGUCGCACCUUGUACGCAAAUUAAAUGGGAUUCGGCGGAUAGUCUAGUUGUUCCUAUUAUGCCACCGUCACUGUCCAGUAGUUGUAAAUUAAUUCAUAUUAAUUACGUUCUUAAAGUAAGCCUUGAAUUUGAAACAAAAAGUGACGAUUUACCUAUGCAUUUUCCUAUUACAAUAGCGACUGUACCGUUCAGAAUUCCUAAUUCGAAUACACAACCAAAUAUAUAUUACGAUGUGGCUUCAGAGCAUGCCGAAGGUGGCAUGUACAUUGCUCCAGAAUUUCUACUUGGUCAAGUUUACGAUGGUGCGAAUCCAGAAACUAUUGUACUUUAUCGUCCUGUAUACGUUGCUGUUCGUAAACCUCCUCAAGAAGAAGCCAAAGCAGGCGGUUCUUCGACUCCAAAAUCGCAAUGAAAUUGAACGAAUAGUACAAUCGAAAAAAAAAAUAUAUAUCAGUAUUAUUUGAUCGAUAUGCGAUAUUUAAAUGACUCGUGAUAUCAACCUUCAUUUUGAAUUUUUGGUCGUCUGUUUCUGUAAUACUAUACGAAUAAAAAAAAUCUUAUAUAGGUAUUAGUACAAUAAUGAUUUUUUUGGAUAUGUUUUUCCAAGUUAUUUGUAACAUGUUAUAUUCUUUUUAAAUAAAAUGAUCUCCUUUUUAUCACCAAUACAACUAAAUGGAAUAGAGUGCACGUGUUUUAAGUGCGUAAUUUUUUUUUGUUUUUGUUUUUUUCUACGUAUAAAAAUUACCUAUUUUAAAUAAAGUAUUGCGAUGAAUUACAGAUACUCGCAAUUUUAUGUCCUUUUUCACUCGCUGAAUACAUGCCUAUGUACGAAUAUAGGCUGUACACAAUUGUACAUUAAAUGUGACGCUUUAUUAGCGGAUAUUUUCAAAAAAAAAUGCAAUAUAUUGCGCAUUUUCUCCUUCUUGUAUUUAUGUACCUAUAAUAUGUUGAUGUGUCCAUGUCGGUGUGUACUUAAUGCUCAAUUUAUUUAACAACUUUAUUUUCGUUGUGAAGUAGAUUUUUUUGUUAUGGAUCUGUUAUCGUAGCUAAACUUUUGACUACGCGUUUUUUUGUUUUUUUUUUCUAUUUUUACGAAUUACCCAUUAUUGUAAUUAAAAUUGUGGUAUUUUUAAUUACGUUUACCUAUGAAUUUGUUUACACGUGGAGAAUGAAUUAUUAUGUAUGUACUUUGAUGUUAUCUAGAGUUACGUAGAAAUUGAAAUUAGUUUGCGGUUAUUUGUGUUUUAAUAAAUGUGACUACGAAGUUAA